AUGGCGGACCAGAUCAAAGAGAUGCAGAGGUCCGACCCGGUGGCCAAGGAGAGCAGUGGUAUGCCUACUGCGAGGCUUUUGGAGAGAACAUUCCCGACCCGGCGAAGCACGACGUCAGCUUCAUCAGCAGUUUCAUCACGAAGUACCAGUCCUGGGCCUGCAGAGUCGGGUGCCCGCUUAGAGUACAAGGAGGGGCAAGACCUCGUGAAGUUCAUCAAGCUCGGGCAGAGGAAGAAAUCGCAAGGUUGGAAGUCGUCGUGGGAGACGUACUGUAGCUCCAAGCCGAUCAACGGUAAGCCCAAGCACGACCCAGCCCAGCACGACUCGUCGUUCUUGGAAGGCUUCUUCGAUUUCGUAGCCAUGAUGGCGCUCAGCCGUGGCGGCGUGGCAGGCGGCAUGGGCGCCAUGGGCAUGGGCGGCUGGGGCAUGGGCGCGCAGGGCGGCCCCCCCCACAAGCGCGGGCCCGGGGCGAGCUCCGGCGACCUUGCCAAGGAUCGCCGCGGGCCACCCCCAGGUACGGCUUCUGCGACGCCAACCUUGGUGGCUUCUACGACCCGGGACGCGCCGAUAUGGACACUCUCAACAUGUUUGUGCAGUCCAACGGCAUUCAGGACGAUCGACCUCCAGCCCGACUGCGUCGGUGGCGGCAGCAUGGGCGGCUGCGGCGGCGGCGCCGGGGUGGGCCCGAUGCACCCGAUGGUGGCCCAGAUCAAGGCGUACCAGAGGCUGGGCGAGCAGCAAAAGGAGGCGUAG